AUGGAUUCAAGUAGUAAUGGGUAUGGCUAUUACAAUGGCCAUAAUGGAACAAAUGGCGCGUCUUCUUCAAGAGAAUCUCGUAACAUGAGACCACGCCCAUUCACUGUCGACGAAGCUCUUCCCUAUUCACCUUUUUCCUCUGUUGUGCCGUUCAAUUCUGAUAUUAUCCCCCUACCUACAAUAGGACUUGGUUCUUCCUCUUCAUUAUUUCCAAAUGCAGCAGAAACUCAACAGGGCAGACAGAGUCUGGAAAGUCUGAAUGCCGACGCAACAAACCCAUAUCAGACCUCUCAGCGCCUACAAAGAACUUUAAAAGAACUCGAAAAGUUGCUUCAUCCAAAAGAUCAUACAGAAUACAACUUCAAGAUCGGACCAAAGAUUGCAUCAGUUCCCGAUUCUACCCAUCUGAAACCAAAUCUUUCACCGUUUGCGCAGAUGUUAUAUGACUCAACAAAGGUGGAGUAUAGAACCGCGGAACGUUCAGAAGUGCCAGCUAUGAGGCACAAAAUUCAGAAGCAGAGAGCUAAGUCUCAGACGAAAUCGAGGAGUCCAAGUAGUAGCUUUGUGAAUGCGAACCUGCAGGCCCAUAAUGCGAACGCAAAUGCUACCAUAUUUCCUGAAGCUAUUACUACGAAGCCUGUUGUCGAGUAUGCGAAUGUCACACCUAGACCAAAGUCGCAAAUCGCAGUCGAAGUUCCUUUACCAAAUGCAGCUACGUUUGUUCAUAAACAAAGCCCAAUUCCUGCAACUUCACAUGUCACAAAAAUCAGUCCUCAAACAUCGCAUACCCAACUACCGAUUCCUCCACCUCCAGGAAUCGCACCGGCCGCUGAUCAAGAUGGCCAGCAAAACCAAAAUAUUCCAUCAUCUUCGCCACAACCAAUCAUAUCCGUCAUAAUACCACAAUCCCAAUCACGACCAGAGGAGUACAAGGUUGUGGAGGCUCUUCCAGACUCACCUGGCAGUCCUGCGAGAAAAAGAAGACGGGUGGGCUCCAAUGAAUACGAAGAAAAUGUAUCUGGGGUGAUCGACCAAAGAGAGAAGGCAGAAAUUGCUGCGCGAAAUCUACGAGAAUAUCUUCAAGAUGUUUUUGAGGCCGAAAAUCAAUUUCAGCCGGAUAUUGAUGUUUCUAACCAUUUCUUUAUUUCGACGAAUGAAGGUAUUAGCCUUGCGGCUAAUCCUCAAAUGCGUCUUGAGCCCCUGCUGAAUAGGAUUAUUGAGGUUGGUAGAUUCAAACAGGUACCCUUGGAGGAUUUGAUUCGAAUUCAAAAACUCUCUGAGGCUGCUUUGAAAGAGGCCGAGACACUUGAUUUGAAGAUUGACGAGGAAAUGGGAGAGUCGGAUGUGGAAACGCUAUUUUUACAAAUUGCGAAUGCAGAACUGGGGCUCAAAUCUGCUCGCACCUCACUCAGAGUUAUGACUGGUGGGCGUGAUGAAAAGCAAUUGUACUCGGAGGAUCUCAUUCAAUCAGCCUUGAACGCCUUCAAAAAUAUUAUGGAGACUUUCAUUAUUCCGGUUGUGGAACUGCGCAGUACGGGAUCCACUUCAACAUUGUUCAAGUUACUAUCCGCUCAGAAAAAAGUUAUUCUUAAUCUACUUGCCCAAUGUAGACGCCUUUUAUCACUCAUGGCAGUUCUCGUGGCCAAUAUUGACCUGUCGGAAACGGUGAUCAACAGUCUUGAAUUUGCAGCUACUAAGUUGAUAUUUGUCGAGAAUGCUCACGCCGAGAAGGACUCCAUACUUGGCAUCUCAAAAUUUGACAAUCUACGUGUAGUAGCAAUGGAUGUGCUUGCCCAAGUCUUCAAUAACAAUCCGAAGGAAAGAGCUGAGAUUUUCAAUGAGAUUUUGACAUCCCUAGAGAAGCUCCCUGUCUCUAAACAAAGCGCUCGUCAAUUCAAAUUAGCGGAUGGCGGGAGCAUCCAACUUGUCUCGGCACUAAUUAUGAAACUGAUUCAGACAAGCGCCAGCAAGUCGGAUGAUGCAAAAGAAAAGCGAAGGCGUAAGGCCCACGACGCUCUCACCGGGGAUGACGAGGUCCAAGAGGAUGGAACCAAUGAUGCCGAUAAUCGUCGUCGAUAUGACACGGAAAAACGAGCAAUUGAACAGAAUGUCACAGCAAUUCAAGAACUUAAGGACUGCGAAGCUCCAUUACUAGAAAGUGCGACACAAAACACUGGAUACGUGGUUAAUUUCAUUGUUAGUAGAGCGAUCAAAUCCACGAAAAAUGGCGAUACCCCAUAUCGAAAUCUUCUUGAUCUGUUUGUUGAAGACUUUAUUACGUGUCUAAAUUCUACGGAUUGGCCUGCCGCCGAACUACUUUUACGCCUCUUUCUGUUCAAGAUGGUACAACUCGCCGAAGCAGACAAAACGCCUGCUCCUGCCAAGAACAUGGCUCUUGAUCUACUGGGGUCAAUGGGCGCAGCAAUAUCUGAACUACACUCUUAUGUUCGAAAGACCGCCGCUUCACUCGAAAAUCGAGAUGGUCGUAUGGGACAGGCUCUCUCAAGGAUGGCUGAGGAAACGCUCAGACACGAAGCAAACAUUCACGAGAUCUUGACAUGGGGUGGACCUUACUUAAUGUGCCUAGACUUCAUGGAAGACCGUUCCUUUUCUGAUCCCCAACUAACAAGCAGUGUUUCUCUCUUAAUCGUUGAAUGGGCCUCACAAUUGAUAACUGAAUAUGACAAUAUUUCCGAAGAUGAUCCUGAUCACGAGCGCAUCGAGGAGAACUACGGUAAAGUGGCAUACCGAUUGAGGAUGAUGAUCACCGAUAAGAGAUGGUUUUCCACAGAGCAUGGCUACGGCUCAGUUGAUCCUAAUCACGCCCGCCUGGCCUACUCUCUGACAUUAUUACACUCGAACUUUUGCAAGUCUUUCAGCCGUGUGCUCGAUAUAUUGCUUCGCUCUAUGUUCAGUGAACAGGCUACUGUCAGAAGUAAGAGUCUGAAAAGUGUCAAUCAGGUUCUGGAAACAGAUCCAACUAUUCUCGACCGAGAGCCUGCCGCUAAGCAAAUGAUUUUACGGUGUUCAAACGAUCCUUCUGUGGGUGUAAGGGAUUCGGCAUUAGGCCUAAUUGGAAAGUGCAUAUCAUUAGUCCCAGCUCUCGAGGUGGAGAUGACGCCUAGUAUCCUUCAACGAGUUAAUGAUAGUGGAGUCGGUGUUCGAAAGCGAGCUAUGAAACUCUUGAAAGACAUCUACCUGAACAAUACGAACAAGGAUGUCAAGGCUUCUAUCGCUGAUGCCAUUUUAUACAGAGUCACCGAUCUUGAUGAUGGUGUUCAGGAAUUGGCCCGGUCGACAAUCGAAGAAGUGUGGAUGUUGCCUUUCUACAAAGUAACUGGAUCCGAAGAUACAUCAGUCCAAGCAAAACUUGCUAUUUCAGACCAUGUUACUUUAAUAAUCAAGACGGCUCAGCGACAAAAUGGGACGUCUACGGUUCUUGACAAAGUCCUCCAGAAUCUACUCUCACCAAAGUCAAAAUACCCUGAUGCAAAUUUUAAGGUUUGUAGAGCGCUUGUUGCGGCAAUGUUCGAAACAAUUAUUGACAAUCCAGCUUCUGAGGAUUCUGAAGCACCAACUGCUCGGGAUGCCUUGGAAGUACUCACCAUAUUUGCCAAAUCCAACCCUAAUCUAUUUACCGCCGAACAGAUUCAACUAUUGCAACCAUAUGUAUCAAAUGUCGGCAGUGGUGAUGAGGCUGCUAUUUAUCGUUCAGUUGUUGUCAUAUUUCGCUAUGUUCUUCCUAGCUUACCCAAAGUUCAACACGGUUUUCUCACCGCGAUUAGAAAGGAUCUUUUGCCAACUAUGACACGGAGCCCUAAAUCUAUCUUGGACGAUAUAGUUGCUUGUUUGUGGAUUAUCAGCAGCGUCCUUGACGAUUAUCACAAUUUAACAAGAGUUGUGUUAUCUAGUUUGGCUGGUAUUCAGAAAAUGAAAACCAUUGACUUGAACGAUCCGAAGCGAGCUGAUUUUGUCAAGAAGUUAACGAAGCUUCUACUUAUUUGUGGAAUGUGUGGUAAGCACUGCGAUCUUGAUCCUCAACACCAGGUCUUUAAGGAAAAGGAAUUCCCAAGUAUGAAAGGUACAUCUGUUUCGAAACUGAUGAUCGAUACGUUUGCUCCCUUUGCUACACCCUCUCAACCCAUGGAAGUUCGAAAGCAUGCACUUGAUGCAAUGGGUAUGGUUUGUCAAUCUUGGCCAAAGAACUUUUCUGCGGCCAACGUUUACACCACAUUUAUCCAAGUAUUCAGCGACCAGGAUUUGGAGCUCGAGUCAAUAGUUAUGAGGGCUUUUAAAGAAUAUCUCUCAAUUGAGGAGAAGCGAUCAGAGGAAAGCGUCGAUGGCGCUGUUGGCACUGGUACUGAUUCCAAGGCAAAAUUGGGUGUUAUGGGUGGCAGUCAAGGUGAUGGCGUUGCAUUAGACAUUGCGCAGAGAUUCUUGAAGGAUAUUGCUCGUAUUGCGCUCGGUGGCCAAGAUAAAGAAGCACUUCUUGCGGCAGAAGUUGUGGCCAGCAUCAACAGGCAAGGCCUUGUCCAUCCCAAGGAGACUGCUUGUACUCUCAUCGCUCUUGAAACUUCACCUACCAGCAAGAUUGCCGACAUCGCAUUCCGGGAGCACAAGGCUCUCCAUGAGAAGCAUGAAACCAUUCUUGAAAAGGAAUAUAUGCGGGCUGUCCUAGCUGCAUAUGCAUAUCAGAGAGAUGUAGUCAAGGACACUCAUGGCGCCACACUCAAUCCCUUUACUUCAAAACUCUGGAUGAUGAUUGAAGUUAUGAAGAUCAGUAAGGUCAAGAACCGAAAGAAGUUGUUUGAUAGCUUAUGCUCUCGAAUCAAUUUUGACCCUGCAAAGCUCGACACUAUUGAAGAUUUACCACAUCAUCUGGAUUUUGCACAAUUCAUCAUUGAAAACCUAGCCUUCUUUGAAUACCAAACUGUGGACGAAUUAUUGUCAACCAUUAAUUCAAUGGAGAAAUUGGUGUCAGCUACGGGAACUGGUAUUGCUCAUGCAAUUGAAACAGAGGUCCUUCACAUCAGCCUCGACCAACCAGUGAAUGAAGCCGACACAAAUGGUCAUCUUCGUCCUGAAGUACCAAAGCGAGAUUUGACGCGACUACAACAACUCACUGCAAUUUCAAUCAUGCUUACAAAUCUAUGGGAGGCUCGAACAUUUCUUCGUCGACAAUUUGGAUUGAUGAACAGAGAUGGCAAAGUUAAAGGUGCAAAUAAAGAUCUCAGUCGAGCUCCGAUUAAAGUCACAAGCGUUACUGGGGACAAGUUUUGGGCGGAUAUUUGUGGUAGGAUGACUAGCUAUGAUUCCGAGGACAAAAUGGAAGAGCAGUGUCGAGCGUUUGUGGAAUUACUUAAUGUAGAUCACGACUUCAAGGUCUCGACAGAAAAUGACGAGGUUGACGAGAGAGGGAGAAUGAGUACACCAAGUGAUGAUGAAGAUAGUACACCUGGUCCACCGGGUGGCAGCGGGAGAGGGCGCAAGAGGAAGGCGAGUACCAAUGGAGCUGCAGGGGGUCGAAAGAAGAGAGCUAGGUCCAGUUCUAUUCCUAGGGGAAGAGGUAGACCAAAGGGGGCGAGUUCUAGUACCGGGAAAGGAGCUUCCGUUGAGCGUAAUGAUAAUGAGGGCGAAUGGGAAUAA